AUGGGCAGACAUGCGCUCAUCUUCGGUGCCAGUGGCAUUCAAGGCUGGGCUGUCACCAAUCAGCUGCUCAAUGGCUACCCAGAUCCCGAAGCAUUCGAGAACAUCACGGCUCUGACGCACCGGCCCAUUCAAGGACGUACGCUGUGGCCAGAGACCUCCAAACUGCGACUCGUAAGCGGAAUUGACUUGCAGAGAGACGACCUUGAGCAACAACUUGUAGCUCAAGUCACCGACAUUGCGACCGUGACCACGGUAUUUUUCCUCGCCUACACCUUCAAUCCGGACCAGGAUCAAGAAGUUGCGACCAAUCUCAAGAUACUCAGCAACGCCAUAACAGCGGUCGAAGCGUUGUCAGAGAACUUCGAGUUCGUGGUUCUUGCGACUGGGACCAAGGCAUACGGAGUACAUCUGAUUGACGAAUUCCCAUUUCGACACCAGGUUCCGUUGACUGAAGAACUUCCAUCAAUAUCGGAGCCGCAUCGCAGCAAACUCUUCUAUUGCGCGCAGACAGACUGGCUAGCAGAACACAGUCGAGACAAGGCUUGGACAUACUGUGAACUACGCCCGGACGUCAUCGUUGGCUUCGUGCCAAACGGCAAUGCUUACUGCAUUGCUCAACUGCUUGCCAAGUUCCUUGCUCUAUACAGGGAAGUGAACGGCAAGGGUGCCAUAUGUCCCUUACCUGGCACACUGGGAAGCUGGGAUUGCUUGUCGAAUGAUUCAGGUCAGGAUACCAUCGCCAGAUUUGCGAUUCAUGCGGCGUUGCAUCCUGAGCAAUGUGGUGCUGGACAGGCCUUUAACGUAGCUUCUCAUCGCACACCGCUGUCCUGGUCCGAGAGGUGGCCAAUACUGUGCAAGUUCUUCGAUCUGAAGGGGGCGCCACCUCCAGCUGGAGAGGGCUUCCUGGCCAGCCAAUUUCUAGCUGACCAUAGAGACGAGUGGGCGAAGCUGGAAGCCAGCCAUGGUCUUGUUGGCGCUGAAGAGACAAGGAGUGUUCACAUGCUAGGACAUGGCAUACUGGCGUGCAUGAAGUUCGAUAGACAAUUGAGCUUGGAGAGAAUGCACCAAGCAUGGGCUCAUGGAGGCAAACCCGAGGAGUCGACCACAGAGGAAAUAUGGUGGACUGCGUUUCGACGCUUCAGAGAUGCUAAGAUCAUUCCAUGA